CGCCCUCCACACUCGCCCAGGGUUUCGGAGUCAGGGCCUUCUUGUCUGGUGUGGGACGGCCCAAAGGGCCUGGAAAUGUGGCCGGGAUUCCCAUAGCAGUUUCUCCAGUGCGCGCUCCCUGCCUGGCCUUUCCAGCGCCCAGCGUGUCCUGAGGGUGAGCAGCCGCGCGUGGCUGAGACUAACCCAGGGGCCAGAAUGGGGCGUUCAGUACCCACUACGUGGACAGCGCCAGCUCUGCGCAGCGCGGCCGGGCAGCAAGAGGCGGGGCGAGGGCGCGGCCGCCAGGUCCGCCCAGUGCACCUGCCACGCAGACCUCGCUACAGGAGGCUCCGAGACCGGAUCCUGUCGCCUGCUCCUGCCAUGACCGCGCGGCAGCCUCAGGAGCCUGCGAGGCCUCUGGCCCGGCGCAAGCUUGGCUGUGUGUUCCGCUGCGUGGACGACGCCUUCGAGAGCAAGACGCUGCCGCUGGACGCCCUGGGCGGCGGCCGCCCAGGCCCUCGGGUUGGGAGGCGAGUCUGCGGGGCGCGCGGAGACUCGGAGCAGUCGGGCCAGCACUGCGGAGACCCCUCAACGGCCGCAGCAAGUCCCCGAGGGCAGCCCGGCUUGGCCCAGGCCCGGGACCCCCAGCAGAGUGACCGCCUUCUGAUCAGAGGUGGGAGGAUCGUGAAUGACGACCAGUCCUUUUACGCUGAUGUGCACGUUGAAGACGGCUUGAUAAAACAAAUUGGAGAAAACCUCAUCGUCCCUGGGGGCAUCAAGACCAUUGACGCCCACGGCCUGAUGGUCCUUCCCGGUGGUGUUGACGUCCACACAAGGCUGCAGAUGCCCGUCCUGGGCAUGACCCCGGCUGAUGACUUCUGUCAGGGCACCAAGGCAGCGCUAGCAGGAGGAACCACCAUGAUCUUGGACCAUGUCUUCCCCGACGCGGGUGUGAGCCUGCUGGCGGCCUACGAGCAAUGGCGGGAGCGGGCGGACAGCGCGGCCUGCUGCGACUACUCCCUGCACGUGGACAUCACCCGCUGGCACGAGAGCAUCAAGGAGGAGCUGGAGGCCCUGGUCAAGGAGAAGGGCGUGAACUCCUUCCUGGUCUUCAUGGCAUACAAGGACCGGUGCCAGUGCAGCGACAGCCAGAUGUACGAGAUCUUCAGCAUCAUCCGGGACCUGGGGGCCUUGGCCCAGGUGCACGCUGAGAACGGGGACAUCGUGGAGGAGGAGCAGAAGCGGUUGCUGGAGCUCGGCAUCACUGGCCCCGAGGGCCACGUGCUCAGCCACCCUGAGGAGGUGGAGGCUGAGGCGGUGUACCGAGCUGUCACCAUCGCCAAGCAGGCCAACUGCCCUCUGUACGUCACCAAGGUGAUGAGCAAGGGGGCGGCUGACGCUAUCGCCCAGGCCAAGCGCAGAGGGGUGGUCGUGUUUGGGGAGCCCAUCACCGCCAGCCUGGGCACCGACGGUUCCCACUACUGGAGCAAGAACUGGGCCAAGGCCGCAGCCUUCGUCACAUCACCACCUGUCAAUCCAGACCCCACCACGGCAGACCACCUCACCUGCCUGCUGUCCAGCGGGGACCUCCAGGUGACAGGCAGCGCCCACUGCACCUUCACCACUGCCCAGAAAGCUGUGGGCAAGGACAACUUCACGCUGAUCCCCGAGGGCACCAAUGGCAUUGAGGAGCGCAUGUCAGUGGUCUGGGAGAAAUGCGUGGCCUCUGGGAAGAUGGACGAGAAUGAGUUCGUCGCGGUGACCAGUACAAAUGCUGCCAAAAUCUUCAAUUUUUACCCAAGGAAGGGGCGAGUGGCUGUGGGUUCUGAUGCUGACCUGGUCAUAUGGAACCCCAAGGCCACCAAGAUCAUCUCUGCCAAGAGCCACAAUCUGAACGUGGAGUACAACAUCUUCGAGGGAGUGGAGUGCCGGGGAGCACCCGCCGUGGUCAUAAGUCAGGGCCGAGUGGUGCUGGAGGACGGGAAGAUGUUUGUCACCCCGGGGGCGGGCCGCUUCGUCCCUCGGAAAACAUUCCCAGACUUCGUCUACAAGAGGAUCAAAGCUCGCAACAGGCUGGCGGAGAUCCACGGCGUGCCCCGUGGGCUGUAUGAUGGGCCCGUCCACGAGGUGAUGGUACCUGCCAAGCCAGGGAGUGGCGCUCAGGCCCGUGCAUCCUGCCCAGGCAAGAUCUCAGUCCCUCCUGUGCGCAACCUACAUCAGUCGGGGUUCAGCCUAUCUGGGUCUCAGGCUGAUGACCACAUUGCCCGACGCACAGCACAGAAGAUCAUGGCACCACCCGGCGGCCGCUCCAACAUCACUUCUCUCUCCUAGACGCCCAGGACCGGCCCUGUGAGCCGUGCUGGCCCCACCCGAGGCCACAGGGGCCCCAGGGCACUCGCCCCCUCCUUAGCGUUUUCUUUUGUAGAAGUUUCUUGAAGGUGCUUGGCGGUCUUGCCUUCCCCCUCCACACAGGCUCUCCUUGUGGGGUCCCAGGUCCUGCUGCCAAGAGCCUCUCAAGAGAAGGGCUGAACCUGGGGAGAUGUCACUGCCAGGGUGAGGUGGCGCCACAUGGCAGGGGCAAUGCCGGCAGCCUGAGCCCAGGCACCCCAGUGCCCGCUGGGCCCAGCAUGGGGACAGGGAACCUGCCAGGCUCACAGCAUGGGAGCAGCUGGACACCAGGGUUCUUGGCGAACCGGCGAGGGGCCGAGUCCCGCCUGGUGGGCAUUUGCCGCCGCCUCCCCACCACCAGUCACUGCCUCGCAGAGCCCCACACUCCCGCAGCCACUCCUCAGGUCUGUGCCCAUCGCAGGCCCGGGAGGAAAGUGGGCACAGAGCCCUCCUGCCUCACACAGCUGCUGAGACUUCACGGACCCAUGAGAACUUGGUGCAGCACAGCCCCGCCCGCAGAGGGUCCCUUUUACGCACCCCAAGGCCCACACCUAAGCUUGCGUGUAGCCCUCGUCCAGGGAAGUUUUGCGAUGCUUUAGGAGGACACUGUCCUCUUCUUAGAUUGUGUAUUUCCGUAGGCUUCGUAGUCGCAGCUUUGUACACUGAGGACGCUAGCCAGGAACCUGCGCAUGCCACCCACCGCCCGGACAGGCAGUCAUCCUGCCUGUGAUGUGAAUCAGGCCCAUUAAAGACGUCUGGGUUUGAAGCCGCC